UUAACUUUAGUCGUCACUCGUCGAUUAUAUUAAUUUUAUUUUACCAGUAAUGUUUUUGUUACACAGCUAUAUAUUUCAAGAUUCCUCUUGAAUCACGCUCGAAACAUUAAAUUAACAGCUUUCAUUAUGUGUUGUCAUUAUCACUCUUAUAACACUGUAUGAAGAAGCUGUGUGUGACAAAGGGUAAAAAGUUAGGGCAGCAAGCUCUGGGGUAAAAGGACUAUCGCACCGAGAAAGCGACAAACAGGACGAUUCUUUGACGAGCAACUGUGUCGUUGUUUGUAACAGAAAGGAAUUGAAGUAUCAUUAGAAACAUGAGUGUACAAAAUAACACAGGGAUCGGGAUUACCCAGCAUGGUGCAGGGUACGAUCUAUCUGAUCUUCCCAGUGGGCCAUUGGAUACUUAUCGAAAAAAGGCCUCUUUUGAUUGGAAAGAAAUGGUUGUGUAUCUUGACGGUGAAGAAAUAUUAGCUUUCAAGCAAAAGGUUUUCAGGGCUCUGGAAAAUGACCCUUUGUUUGCCCGUCAGCCUGGUGAAGAUCUGUCUUUGGAGAGGCAGCGUGAAAUGACUUUCUUCCGCUGUAAACAGCUUUUUAAAUAUGACUUUCUCACAGCCCAGGAAGUCAUGGAGAACCCACUGAAGACAAUUGCUCUCAAUGACUGUUUAGGCAUGUAUGACUGGUCUCUGUCCUCCAAAUAUUUUCUCAAUAAAGGGAUGUUCGGUGCAACAGUAGCCAAUUCUGGAUCAAAGAGACAUGAGCCGUUUGUGAAAGAUAUAGAGGAUAUGACGACAUUUGGAUGCUUUGCUCUGACAGAGCUGAGUCAUGGUAGCAAUACGAGAGCUAUGAGGACAACAGCAAAAUACGACCCUGCCACUCAGGAGUUCAUUAUAAAUUCACCAGACUUUGAGGCAGCUAAGUUUUGGGUUGGAAACCUUGGGAAGACAGCAACACAUGCUGUGGUAUUUGCUCAGCUCUUUACACCUGAUGGACUUUGUCAUGGGCUGCAUUCCUUUGUUGUGCAGGUUAGAGACCCAAAGACCCUUCUUCCCAUGCCAGGUGUGAUGGUUGGAGAUAUGGGAAAAAAGCUUGGACAGAAUGGCCUGGACAAUGGGUUUGCAGUGUUUCACAAUGUCAGAAUUCCCCGGGAAAACCUACUAAACAAAACAGGAGACGUCACACCUGAAGGUUAUUAUGUCACUCCAUUCAAGGACCCAAAUAAGCGAUUUGGUGCGUCGCUUGGUGCAUUAUCAGGGGGCAGAGUAUCCAUUGCUAGAAUGGGGGUUAUUAAUUUGAAGCUUGCUAUGUCGAUAGCAAUUCGCUUCUCUGCAACCAGGCGGCAGUUUGGGCCCAAGGAUGAUGAGGAGAUACCAGUAUUGGAAUAUCAACUACAGCAAUGGCGCCUCAUUCCCUAUUUGGCUGCAGUGUUUGCCUUGGAUUAUUUUUCCAAAUCUUUGUUUGAAAACUUUGUUGAGUUUCAGAUUGGCCUCAUGAUGAACGAUAAAAGUAACAGACAGUUGCUGGCAGAAUUGGGUAGAGAGAUCCAUGCCUUAUCUUGUGCCAGCAAGCCUGUGGGAUCCUGGACUGCUCAGUGCGGUAUCCAGGAAUGCAGAGAAGCCUGUGGAGGGCACGGCUACUUGGCCAUGAAUCGGCUUGGUGAUAUCAGGAAUGACAAUGACCCGAACUGUACAUAUGAAGGAGACAACAACGUACUGCUGCAACAAACCAGCAAUUACCUACUCAGCUGGGUGAAUAUGAAACAUCAGGGUAAAUCAACUGUUGAGUCUCCUCUGGGGUCUGUUAACUUUUUGGAGGACUUCAACACCAUCCUGGGUAACAGAUUCUCUGCAUCUACUGAAGAGGAGUGUAUGAACUCAGCAGUUCCACUGGCAGCUUACAAGUGGUUGGUUUGCUUUCUUCUACGAGAAAGUUACCACAAACUCAAAGAAGAGAAGGCAUCUGGGAAAACAGAUUUUGAGGCAAGAAACAAUAGCCAGGUCUAUUACUGUCGCUCUCUGGCGAUUGUCUAUAUAGAGCACACUGUGCUACAGAGAUUCCAUGAUUUCACACAUGAUCCUGCUACUCCAGCCAGCCUGCAACCUGUGUUGAAGAACCUCAGUGGAUUGUAUGGCCUGUGGACACUCAGCAAUCAUAUGGCAAUCUUAUAUCAAGGUGGAUACUUAUCCAGAAAGCAGCAUGCUGACAUGAUUCAAAAUGCUAUUCUUAGGCUCUGCUCACAGCUGAAGGAUGAGGCUGUGGCUCUGGUCGAUGUCUUUGCUCCCCCUGACUUCAUCCUGAACUCACCCAUUGGCAAAGCAGAUGGUGAGAUUUAUAAAAACCUGUGGGUUACAGUUCUUCAAGGCAGUAAGGUGCUUGAGAGACCAUCAUGGUGGUCAGAGUUCUGCUCCAGUAAACCUGCUGUGGGUAGCCUCAGGGCAAAGCUGUAAUGCUUAGGUGACAGGCACAUUUUAAAGAACCCAAAGAUGAUCAAAAUCUACAACCUGUGACUAGACCUUGAGACACUCUGAAAAACAGGCAUAGUCUUGAAUCCAUAGACUUUGAAUUACAGAGAAUUGUGAAUGAGUGGGAUAGCAUGGUCUAGAUAUAUUCAUUAAUCAUGAAAUGAUAUAACUUGGUCUAUAAAGGGUUUCUGGUUUUAAUUAUAAAAAAGAAUCUUCCCC